AAAUGGCUGUUGCAGCUCGAAAAAGUGUUGUAUCUCUGAUGCAAAAAACUUUGGAUAGACAAGAAGCUUUAUCCAGACUGAAAUUUAAAUUCAAUAAAAACCAAGUUGAACAUAUACUAUUAAGUUAUAUUCAUAAUGGUAAUGUAAGCGCAUAUAAUGAUUUACUGAAAGUGUUGCAAAAUUAUCCAUUGAAUGAUGAUAAUUUCCACAUUUUAAUUGAAGACAGUUUGUCAUGUGUUGUUUUGCUGGGGAAAGAUUGCAGCCAAUUUGUUGAACUAGUUUGUGGUGUGGAGUGGGCGAGCCGUAGCCAGGAGCUGGUGGAACUGUUUAAUAAAUUUGUUAUGAAUGUUGUUACUGCACACUCAUACCACUGUCCAAAUGUUAUGAGUUCAUUAUUGAAAUUUUUUAAAGUUGAUGGUGAAAAUUGGGAUGACAGUCCACCUGCUGAGAAAAUAGCCAUUUGGUCUAACAUUCAUACAAUUAUUGCACAAAUUGUUGCAACCAUUCCUAUGACUAGUGCUGUUCUCAUUCAAACAGUUUUAGAAGAAUUCCCGUACUAUAAAGCCAGCUGUUACAUUAACAGAGUGUUCGUACAUAACUUGAUAUGGAUGAGCAAAUACAUACCUCUACUACAAGAACAAAUUGUGACAGUUAUCAUUAGCAGAAUGGUACUAAUGGAUGUUAAUAUAGUAGAAAAUUCUAAAAAUAAAAUGCAAACAGAAAUAUUUGAAAUGGACAUAGAGCAGGAGAAUAGUGUAUCAGAAACUCUAGACUACUGUAUGUUGGAAAUAUUGAAGUGGCUCGAAGACGAGAGGGACACUGCGCUUAGUAUAUUUUGUAAUGUGUUUGAGAAGGUUAUAUUACCAACUCACGGUAUUAGGCAUGUCCAAUUCUUACUGCUGUACACAAUAUCAAUAAACCAGCAGUGCGCCGACAGAAUCCUCACAAACUUGUGGGUUGUCGCGGCCGGUCUCCACGGACUGGGCCCCGGCGCUCUAACAACGAGGAGGACCGCAGUCAGCCACCUCGCCGGUCUUCUGGCCAGAUGUGUCCGAGUACCUAACACUAGACUUAUACAUUACUUGAGAAGUAUGGCUGAAUGGUGUCACUCCUAUAUAACAGCAACACAAGAGUCAACGACAGCAAGUGACAGCACAAAAGCGCAUGGGGCAUUCCACGCAAUCUGCCACGCCAUCUUCUAUCUUGUAGCAUUUAAAAAUCAUCAUUUAUUUAUGAAUAAAGAAAGUCUCAACUUCAUCGAGUCCCUAAACCUACCUAGACUAGUGAACUGCAACCUGAACCCGCUUCUCACAUGUCCACCACAAGUGACACACGCAUUCUCCUCAGUGACGAGAGCUCACCAAGUGGUAUAUUGCCAAGCUAUUAUAGACAAAAACAUGAGACACACAUUACAGUCAGCAACAGUUGAACAAUAUGACGAAUGGUUUCCAUACGAUCCAUACUCAUUGCCCAAAUCUGGAAAAAUAAUAUGGCCCCUCUGCAUUGAAUAUAAAGACUUCCUGAAAGAAGGUGAUGACGAAACUCAAUACUCUCGCAUGAAAAAGAAAAUGGAAGCUGAGGAAGAUGAUUACCUGGUAGCAGACCCGUCUCAAAAACUAGCUAGUUCUCUUACAAAUUCAAUAUCACCAGGUUUUCGAACAAGUGAAAGUAUAUUUGUAUAAUUCCACAAUACAUGAGUAGCUAUUAAGACCAUAAAUUAUUAUAGAUUGAAUUUAUUUUGAAUUAUUCAAUUAUAAAUAAGUAUAUAGAAACUCCAUUGUUUUUAAAAACAAUGGAGUUUCUAUAUACUUAUUUAUUAUACUUAUUUUUAAAAACAUCAGAUUUCUAUGUUUUUAUUAUAUAAAUGAUUUGUUUAUGAUUGUGGAGAAUUUGCAUACAAUAUAUCUAUAUUAUCUGGACAUGCGUAUUCUCUUUUAACUAAAAAGCUUAAAUGCGUGCAUUCUCUUUUAACUUCAUUAUAUUUUUUUUUUAAAAACAGACUUAUGUCAUUGAACCUGUUAUUUGUACUCUACUGUCUAUACAGAUUAAGUUUGUUAUACUUAACCUGUUUUUAUUAUAAUAAAAUAUUUAAAAAUGAAA